UACCGGUGGAGGACAUCUCGCCCCGCGAGUGCAGGCGGCGGCCGCGUUGCGCGAAGCAAAGUUGUGCGUUUCCACCAGUGGGCGGAGACCAGGCUGCUGCUAAAACGGCGGCCGGGGCUGAGCAGCCGCGACGGCGGCGGCGGCAGCACGGCAAGAACUGCUGCAGUGUCCUAGGAACCGGCGGCGGCAACAUCCCCCGGAUCAUCGACCGCAGCACGAGGAUAGUGAGACCAGCAUUUAUCAACUGCCAUAGUGAGAUAGUACAAGGAAUAUGGCAAGCUGAGUAUUGUGUUCCUGAAGAAGAAUAAGAAAAUCAACCUGUUUUUCGUUUUCAAACACUGGCAGGUCUUUCUUCCACCAUGUUGAAGAGGACUAAGGAUGUCUUCCUUUCCCUUUCCAUUUACCACCUGCCCUCUUGCUAGGAUCUGGGUCCAGAAUGAACAUAGCAGCCGUGUUUAAUGCCUUGCUAGUGUCUGUUCUUGCAGCUGUGCUGUGGAAAUACAUUAAGUUGCGUGAUCACGUCUUUGUGCUGGAAGAGGAGCUGGUCCUCACCCGCCAGUCCCAGGAACUCUCUCAGGUUCGCAUUGAUUACCAUGCUGCGCUUCAAGCCCUGGUGGAAGAUGGCACCAGGAUGGUGUGCACUGGCCGGAUGCACACUGACCGUAUCUGCCGUUUUGAGUCUCUCUGUUACUCCACGGAGGCUGAGGAGUUUGUCUUCUUCCACAGCAACUCCUCCAUUAUGCUUCCAAACCUGGGCUCCCGGCGAUUCCAGCCUGCCCUACUCGACCUCUCCUCUGUGGAGGACCACAACACGCAGUACUUCAACUUCGUUGAGCUGCCAGCUGCAGCACUGAAAUUUAUGCCAAAGCCUGUUUUUGUCCCUGAUGUGGCCCUCAUUGUGAAUAGGUUCAAUCCAGACAACUUGAUGCAUGUCUUUCAUGAUGACCUCCUCCCAAUCUUCUACACCAUGCAGCAGUUCCCAGAUUUGGACAUGGAGACCAGGCUGUUUUUCAUGGAAGGCUGGGGCGAAGGCCUUCACUUUGAGCUGUACCGACUACUGAGCAGCAAACAGCCUCUCCUGAAAGAGCAGCUUAAAACCCUUGGGCGGCUUCUUUGCUUUACCAAGUCCUAUGUGGGACUGUCCAAAAUUACAACAUGGUAUCAGUACGGCUUUGUUCAACCUCAGGGACCAAAGGCUAACAUCCUAGUCUCUGGCAAUGAGAUCCGGCAGUUCACCAGAUUCAUGAUGGGGAAGCUGAAUGUGAGCAUGGAAGGGGUACCCAGUGAGGAAUAUAUUGUAGUAUUUAGUCGAACCAUAAACAGAUUAAUUCUAAAUGAGGCAGAGCUUAUAUUGGCACUUGCCCAAGAGUUCCAGAUGAAAACCAUCACAGUUUCCAUUGAAGACCAUACAUUCUCUGAUAUUGUCCGCUUGAUCAGCAAUGCGUCCAUGCUUGUCAGCAUGCAUGGAGCCCAACUAGUGAUGUCUCUCUUCCUGCCAAGAGGAGCUACUGUGGUGGAGCUUUUCCCCUACGCCAUAAACCCUGAGCAUUACACACCUUAUAAAACAUUGUCUACCCUUCCUGGCAUGGACCUUCAGUACAUUGCCUGGCAGAACACUGAGAAGGAGAACAGUGUAACCCACGCAGACAGGCCCUGGGAUCAAGGAGGAAUUGCUCACUUGGACAAGGCAGAACAAGACCGCAUCACAAAAAGCAGGGAAGUUCCCCGGCAUCUCUGUUGCCGGAACCCAGAGUGGCUUUUCCGUAUCUAUCAGGACACAAAAAUCAACACUGCUUCCCUUAUCCAGACAAUCAGACAGACAGUGAAAACAAAGCCUGGGCCAAAGAGGCAAAAGUGGACUCAAGGUCUCUACCCAGGCAAAGUCCGCGAUGCUAAAUGCCAAGCCUCUGUCCAGGGUACCAGUGAAGCUAAACUCUCUGUGUCUUGGCAGAUACCUUGGAACCUUAAAUACCUGAAGGUCAGGGAAGUGAGAUAUGAGGUGUGGAUCCAGGAGCAAGGGGAAAACACGUACAUGCCUUACAUCUUGUCCCAUCAGAAUCAUACCUUUUCAGACAACAUCAAGCCUUUCACGAACUACCUGGUGUGGAUUCGCUGCAUUUUCAACAAAAAUCUCCUUGGGCCCUUUGCGGAUGUGCUGUUGUGCAGUACGUAAUGGCUGCAUUGUGCCGUACUAACUCUUGCAGCACGUGGCUUUCAGCAAAACAAGCCAGGCCCCAUCGUCCUGUAGCUUUCUAGAGGGCUGAGAAGGACUUCCAAACCAUGCUAGUGCCUACAUGUCCAUUUGACUGCGUCCAGUGUGUCUGUGUUGACAGCAUUAUUUUCAGUUGGUGUGUGAACUCCUCUUGGCCCUUGAAAGAUGCCUGUCGGCCUGAGGCUACAAGUGUGAAAUCAGAAUGGAAAAUAACUGUUGUACCUUGCUAGUUCUAUGAAUCUCUCUUGUGCAGUGAAUGUUUUAAACCCAGCUUUAUAUGGGAUUGGAUUAUGUCACUGGGUAGGCAAUCUUUUUUUGUAUUCUACAUCCUUUGACAUUUUAUUUAUUUAUUUAUUUAUGGCUUCCCAGAAAUCUGUAUCCCAGAGCAAACUAUUUGGUACCGGAGUAUCCAUUAAAUUGAUCAAAACCAAUUGAAGUGCUUUCUUUCUUUGA